AUGGCUACAUCAUAUUUUAUUGUCGAGAUUUGUUCCAUUGUGUACCUCUUGUCAUUGCACAGUUUGGAGAAUGGUCCCAUAACUCAGGAUUACUCCCAUACAACAGCAGCAUCCAAGAUGGAGGGUCUGAUGGCCGCUGUGAAGAAGACUGUGAUACUGUUUGAUGCGUUACGCCGAUUGGGAGUCUCUGAGAGGAUGUACAAGGAUGCCAAGGCACAAGAUAUGCCACUUGGGCCUUUCCAGAAUGCAGUGAAGAUCGAAAAAGUAAUUGUGCAAAGUGCGAAGAAGAACACACUUUGGGUCAAGAAGAUGGAACACAUUAUGGAGAAGCUUGUUUACAUUGUGCAUUUCUUACCUUCUGAGAUCAACUGCGUCUUCUAUAAGGAGCAUGAAGAGGAUGGAUCUGCCAAUACUAACGAGAGCCCUCAGCAAACGCUAGGGUCUCAUGACCUCCAGCUGCAUUAUGCAAAGAUCAUCACCGCUAUACAAAAUUUGUUUCAACCGCAGGCAUUUGUAACAACAACGUCUACAAAAAGUGGCAUAGAUUCAUUGUUCCGUGCAUUGCCU